AUGGCUCUCGUCGGCCUUGACUACAAGCUGCACCUUGGAAGCAAGCCCUACAUUGCUGGCGUACCCGUCGAUGUCCUGCAUGAGCGCAACGCCCGCCGCGUCUGCGACAUGCUGAAGAGUAACGGAGGUCUCUACCUCAAGGCCGGUCAGGCUAUGGCCAUGCAGGGUAGCGUCCUGCCAGGGUGCUACCAGCAGAGACUUUCCGAACUAUUCGACGAUGCCACGCCAGCUCCAUGGUCCGACGUCGAGGCUGUUAUCUGGGAGGACUUUGGACAGACCGCUGAUCAGCUGUUCGGCCCUGCCGUCCACUAUGCCCGCUUGCCGGACGGCCGCGAGAUUGCCAUCAAGGUCCAACGGAGGCAGAUCGCGGCACAGGUGUCCUCCGAUCUGUCGACGCUCAAGCGCUUGAUCGAAUUCGCCGCAGAGGAAACCGCGAUCCCCAUGGCGUCGCUCGGAGAUUUCCUCAUGAACCACGUCAUGCAAGAAACUGAUUUCGUGCAUGAACGGUCUAACUCGGAGCGCCUUGCCAAGUUUGCGCGAGAGGACCCACGCCUAUGCGACCGUAUUCAUAUUCCUACAGUCUACAGCGACCUGAGUUCAAGGCGAAUUUUGACGACUGAAUGGAUCCACGGUCUCACGCUUCGGGACAAGGAAGGCAUUACAGCAGCAAGUAAACCAUCGGGCCGUGGGUUGAGGCUCAACCUAGGCGAUGUCAUGGAGACAGUCAUUGAGCUCUUCUCGGCCCAAAUGUUUCGCUACGGAUUCGUACAUUGCGACCCUCACCCGGGAAACAUAUUUGUGCGGCGCUUGCCUUCAGGCAAGCCCGAGAUUGUCCUUCUGGACCAUGGCCUCUACAUAACCCUCUCCAAGAAUCUGCGACAGCAGUACGCCCAAUUCUGGAAGGGUCUCCUCACGCAGGACACCGACGCCUUGAAAAAGGUGUCCAACGCCUGGGGUAUGGAGGAUCCGGAACCGUGGGCCGAUGCAUUCACGAUGAGCUCCAAGAAGCCCAAAAAGGCGCGAAGUGAAGAGACGACGGAGCAGCGUGACGAGCGCAUAAUUGCCGAAACGGCCGGCUACUUUGGAACAGAUGGCUUGUGGCCUCCGGAGCUGGUCUUUUUGGAACGCAACGUCGGCCUGGUGCAGGGUAGUAACCGGUUCCUCGGCUCGCCAGUCAAUCGUGUCAAGCUCAUUGGCACCGCGGCUAUGCGCUCGGUGCAGGCCAGCGGUCAGGAAACCAUGUGGAGGACAGUGCGGUCUAAGUGGUCGCUGUUCAUAUUGGACUUGGCUUUCUACCUCAGUAGUGUCAGGCAGUACUUUGGUUACGGUCGCGGCUUCGAAGAAGACUUGGAGGAAGAAGAGGACAGGGCGGCGCGGGAGCUGAAAGACACAUUGACGAUCGUGCUGGGUAUCGCGGUUGACUAG